AUGGUGACAGUUCGUAAUACUCAUGAUCCCGGCAAAUGUUCAAAAUCAAGUCAUGGUGAACUGAUAUUAGUUAAAGAUCGGGAGAACAGGGACACCGUAUUAAUUUGUACCGAAGAUAAUGGGGUCUACAGCUGGAAGACAACCGACAGUGAGUAUAAUUACUUUUUGCUUGACCAAAUCUUCAAUUCCUGCUAUAAGUGUAUUUGACAAUGUUGGGUCACAUUUUGGCUAAUUCUGAAUUGAAGGAACUUAGCUAUUUCUGCAUUGAAUGAAUUUCAGAUUCCAAACCUUCUGGGGAAUAUUUCGACCCCGGCUAUGACUGUCUGGAUAUACUGAACAAGAACACGAAGGCAAAGGAUGGAUAUUACUGGGUGAACUUCCAUCGAGGUAAACCAAAAAAG